CAGCAUUUUACCCUGUAGGAUCCUGCUGAGCUGGGACCGAUAAUGGUGCUCCUGGCAGAGCACUGGCUGCCUGGUGCCGUUGGGGUUGGGGUGACGGAGGGAGAUACCACGGCUUGGGAAGUCUCUCGGGACCAUCACUACCCAGCAGAAAGGGAGGCAGGUGGAGGACAGGGAUCUGAAGAGGGAGACAUCACAGGAUGGGGAUCAUCCCCUCAGUGGCUGUGGGGCCAGGCAGAGUCUGGCUGUCCUGGCUGUGCCUCUUGCAAGCACAGCACCACAUCUCCCAUCCCACCAUUCCCCUUCCAGGUGGUUUUGGAUCAUUCCCCUCUACCCACCUUCCAGCACCCAGCUGGGGCAGGGGUGCCUUGCCAGGCACGGGAUGGUUUAUCCUAGAGGGUUGUGGUGAUGCCCCAUUUAGGAGGAGGAUGCUCCAGCAUUUGCCGGGCUGGUGAGGGCCAUCAACUGUGGGGAGAGGGCAGGACUGUGGGGAGAAAGGGAAAGCAAAAAGCCCUGAGGCGGUCAUGGGAAGGAGCCACGGGGGAAACUCGGCAGCUCUGGCGGUUGUUGCUGUUGCUGUGAGCUGGGACAGGUCACUUGCCAGCCACAGGAAGGCGUGAGGGGUUCCCAGAAGGGAAAUGAGGAACGGCUGUUGCCUCAGAAGUGGCCACAAGCCCCGGGGGAGCCUGGGGAGGAGCAAAGCUGCCGGGACAAGGGGAGCAGAGUGUGGUGGGAUGGCCAGGGGCAGCCAGGAGACCCCACAAAGCGGCAUGAACCUGUUCCUGGGCACUGUCCUGCUGCUUCUGCUGCUGCCUGGGGGAGGGCUGGCCCUGGAUUUUGGUGUUUCCCCCCUUGUUUCUCCAUGUACUCCUCUUCCAGAUGUUGCCAAAGGACGGGACAGCUGUUCUGCCCUUUUUCGGGGUGAUGAGCACCAUGAGUGCUGCAACGUGAUGGUGAAGCAGCAGAACCCAGGCAACAUCACCCACCUCCUGCACUUGUCCCGGCACUGCCUGAAGCUGUGGCACUCUGAGAUCCGCGCCUGUGCCUGCCUGCGGGAGCGCUUGUUCAGGCUGCUGCAGUCGGGGCAGCACACUUUGCUGGAAGGGCUCAAGACGCUGCUCCUGAGUGUCCGCAGGGAGGACGUCACCCGAGACGUCCUCAUCACCUUCUCCCCCACGGCGGGCCCCAGCAGGCUGAACACCACAGAGAAAGGAGAGACAGGUAAAAUCCACCUCCCCAGGGAGAUAUUCCGGUCCCUGAGUAGCCAAACAGCGAGUGUGGUGGUGACAGUCCUCGAUAUCCAGCAGCUUGGCAUGUUCAAGGAAGUCAACCAGACAGCACAGGUCUUGGACAACACCGUGGUGGGCAUCACAGUGGGAGAGAGCAGCAUCUCGGGGCUGCAGGACCCUGUGAAGCUCACCUUCGCCCACAGGCAGCUGCCCCACGGCGUCACCCUGCAAUGCGUUUUCUGGGAUCCCAGCAAAGGUACAUCCUCGUCGGGUGCGGGGCAGGGCACAGGUGCUGUGCCCAGCACUCACAGCCAUCCCCACGUGCCUGUUGCAGGGCAGGCAGGAGGCUGGAGCAGCAGUGGAUGUGAAACGCAGCCCGGGGACAAGGGGACAGUCUGCUCCUGCGACCAUCUCACCUUCUUCACCCUCCUCCUGAACCCAGCUCUGGACAGCUCCACAGCAAAAGCCUUGAUGGCUGUUGCCACUGCUGGCUGCGGGGUAGCCAUGGCUUUCGCCAUCUUCACCAUCGCCUUCUGCAUCUUCAUAAGGUGCAGGUUCAGGUUUGAAGAGACCGUCCACAUCAACCUGGGGCUGCACGUCAACCUCGUGGGCAGCCUGUUCCUCCUUAACCUGGUCUUCCUGCUCAACAGUGGGCUCUCUGGCAGGAGCCACCCAAGGACCUGUAGAGUCCUGGGGGGGCUCACCCACUAUUGCCUGCUCUGCUGCUUCACCUGGACGGCGCUGGAGGGCUGUCAGCUCUACCUCCUCUUUGUCAAGGUCCUGGGCAUCUACAUCCACCACUACCUGGCAAAGCUGUGCCUGAUUGGCUGGGGCUUCCCCGUUCUCGUGGUGGGAGUGGCAGGAGUUAUUGGCAGCUAUGGAGAAUACAGCAUCCAGAACAUGGAGCACCAGGUCAUAGCCCACCUGUGCGUGUGCCACUGCCCCCAGGGCUCAGGUGGCCCUUUGGCACGGGGAGGGGUAGCUCAGUCCUGCCAGGAGCGCACUGGUCAGGGAUUGCACCCAUCUGGCUUGGCUUUACGCCAUGCUUCUGCUUCUGCUUCCUUAAUUGUGAUUGCAACACAUCAGCCACCCCCACCUCUCAUGCUGAGCCUUCUCAGUGACACCUGCAGCCCUCCCAGGUCAUGGAGGGACGUCCAAGGUCCACCUGGAGCUUCCCCAGGCUCCCUCCCAGCUGAGCAACACGAGGGCAGUGAUAUGCACCACUGUCCCUCUGCUUCACCUGGCCUUGGAAAAUCCCCCAGCACAAGGGUGUCCCUCCAUCCCCAAAAAGACCCACAGGGAAGGCUCCCAUGGGUGCUGCUGGGGUUUGCAGGGCUGCUGGAGGCACCACGGUUGUCUCUUUUCAGGUGCUGGAUCACUUCCAAACAUCUUCUGGUCCACUACAUCACCAACUGUGGCUACUUUGGCCUCAUCUUCCUCUUCAACAUGGCUGUCUUCGGGGUGGUGACCCAGAAGAGCUGCAGCUUGCAGAACACUGGGGCAGUGCAGGGACACCGUAAGCCCUGGAAGGUGGCUCUGGUGGCAGCAGGGCUCUUCUGCCUGCUGGGAGCCACCUGGGCCCUGGCAUUCCUCACCUACGGCAUCUCUUCCACGGCCGUGCUCUAUAUCUUCACCAUCCUCAACUCUCUCCAAGGAAUCUUCAUAUUCAUCUGGUUGGUCAUCCUCUACUACCCGAAGACAAAGGAGACCACUGGUUCCCUCUCCUACAUCACCAGACAUGACAAAACCACCACAGCCUCCCAGGACUAGCUCCUGGCUGGACCUCUCUUCCUGCCUGCACCUGCAUCCACUGAGAGCAAUCUUUGAUCCUGGCAGAUGCAGCUUCCUCACAGAGGGAGGGAUCAGUUUACCACACCUCAGUUUACCCCUCAGUGGGCAUGAUCCACCUCAGCAGGGCUCUUUGCUUCAUCCCUUUCAUUCCUGGUGGGUGUCCCUGGGCAAGGAGCUCCAGAGAUGAUGCUUCUGCAAAGUCUCUCCAGGCUGCACUUCCACGGUCUUGAGGGGCUCCUGAUCUCAUUCCCCAGGGGACAAGGAGGAAGCCCACAAAGCACCUGCCUUCAGCCAUGAAAGAGCCAUCACCCUCUUUGUCAAAAGUGGUCUUUGGUGCUGAACCAGCCCAGCAGUGAGUUUCCUGACAGUGGAGGGAGAGGAUUGACUUGCUCCAGCCCAGAUGUGGGAGGUUUGUGUCUGGGAGUCGGCAAAAAGAAGAGGCAACCCAUGAGCUUCUUUGCAGUACAUCUCCCUGCUCUCUGGCAGAGAUAUGCUGGAUAUCCUUCCUGCAAAACACUGGAGCCAGUGACAAUUCCCUCAUAGACACUGUGCUUCAGCCAAAAUGCACACACAGCUGCCUUGCAGGGCAACUACUGUCUUGUCCUGACCUGUAUUUUAAUAUUAAAUCCCUGCCAGCUGUCUGA